UGAUGGGGGAGAGUUGAAUGGAGGUGGAAGAUGGUGAGAGAUUUGUGUUCCGACGUGGACUCUCCAGGUUGAGUAGGCCAAGGUUAAGGCUUGGAAUUCUUUGUCGAAAGAAACUCGAAAAGGUCAACCUGAUAAGCCAGGCCGUCGAAAGCAACCAGAUCUACCAACUAUCGUGAGGCAUGCAGAGAGAGAGGGUUCUCCCGGAUGAGGUCAAGCCAGGCCUUUUUCGAAUCGGGGAGCUCGCGGGGGAGGGGAGGCGGCGGUGGCUUGUUCGAAAUGGUGAGGCGAGUACCAGACUCGUGGGGUGGUUGGGGUAUUAAGAUUACUAUCGCGGACACAUAUAAAGAGGGACAAUAUACAGAGCGGGAGUCGAAGACAGUGAAGUCGUCGACACCGGCUCGAAUGCAAGAAACUCUGUACUUUCGUACAAAGGAAUUGGUAUGGAUGGGUGGGGACGUCGUAGGGUUUCCGGGUGUCGGCGCGAAAAUGCGGAAAAGGGAUCAAAGAACGAGGCGAAAGGGGCCAAUGCAAACAAGUUUUUCCGGGUCGUUGGAAAAAAAAGAAUGCACGGGGCAAAUGAUGGAAGAGACUGUAGAGAAUGCGAAGGAGGAAGAGGAGAGGGAGGAGAGGAGGAGGAGGAGGAGGUGGUGGUGGUGGAGGAUAGAAGAGUGAGUGAGGAUAGGAGAGAGAGGAAGUCGGAUAUCCUCAGGACUCAAGACAG